AUGUGCCUCUGUGCUCUGUUCCUCGUGUCUCUAGCAGCCUGCGUGGUUUGCGGAAACCCAUCUUCACCACCUGUGGUAGACACUGUUCAAGGCAAAGUCCUGGGGAAAUACAUCAAUGUAGAAGGAUUCACACAGCCUGUGGCUGUCUUCUUGGGAGUCCCCUUUGCCAAACCCCCUCUUGGAUCCUUGAGGUUUGCUCCACCACAGCCUGCAGAGCCCUGGAGCUUCGUGAAGAACGCCACCUCCUACCCACCAAUGUGUUCCCAAGAUGCAGCAAGAGGGCAGAGGGUCAAUGACCUCAUGACGAAUAGGAAGGAGAAAAUCUAUCUUGAGUUUUCUGAAGAUUGUCUCUACCUAAAUAUUUACACCCCUGCAGACUUUUCAAAGAACAGCAGGCUACCGGUGAUGGUAUGGAUCCAUGGAGGUGGUCUGACGGUGGGUGGGGCAUCAACCUUUGAUGGACGGACCCUCACUGCAUAUGAAAACGUGGUGGUGGUGGUUAUUCAGUACCGCCUGAGCAUCUGGGGAUUUCUCAGCACAGGGGAUGAACACAGCCGGGGAAACUGGGGUCAUUUGGACCAAGUGGCUGCACUGCACUGGGUCCAGGACAACAUUGCCAACUUUGGAGGGGACCCAGGCUCUGUGACCAUCUUUGGAGAGUCAGCAGGAAGUUUCAGUGUCUCUAUUCUUAUGCUGUCCCCAUUGUCUAAGAACCUCUACCACAGGGCCAUUUCUGAGAGUGGUGUGGCCCUCACUCCUGGAUUGUAUAUCAGGGAUGUCAGGCCAGUGACUAAGCAAAUUGCUGUUAUUGCUGGUUGUAAAACCACCACAUCUGCAGUCAUUGUUCACUGCCUGCGCCAGAAGUCAGAGGAGGAGCUCUUAGAGGUUGCACAGAAAAUGAAUCUGUUUAAACUCAAUCAGCAAGAUACCAAAAAUCACUUCCCGUUUGUGUCAACAGUGCUCGAUGGAGUGGUGCUGCCAAAGGACCCAAAAGAGAUCCUGGCUGGGAAGAGUUUCAACACUGUGCCCUACAUUGUGGGCAUCAACAAGCAAGAAUUUGGCUGGCUUCUGCCAACAAUGAUGGGAUUUCUACCAGCUGAUGUAAAAAUGGACAAGAAGAUGGCCAUUGAAUUUCUGGAGAAAAUUACUUCCUUUUUGGUCAUACCAGAGGAUAGAAUUCCAGAUGCUGUUGAGAAGUACACAAAAGGUAGUGAUGACCCCGUUAAGAUCAGAGAUGGACUCCUCGACUUGUUUGGGGAUGUGUCAUUUGGUGUCCCAUCGGUAAUUGUGUCCCGUGACCACAGAGAUACUGGCACUCCCACCUACAUGUAUGAGUAUGAAUACCACCCAAGCUUCUCAUCACCCCAAAGACCCAAGAAUGUAGUAGGAGACCACGCAGAUGAAGUCUACUCUGUCUUUGGUGCUCCAAUUUUAAGAGAUGGUGCUUCUGAAGAGGAGAUCAAACUCAGCAAGAUGAUGAUGAAAUUUUGGGCCAACUUUGCUCGGAAUGGAAACCCUAAUGGCAAAGGGCUGCCUCAUUGGCCAGAGUAUGACCAGAAAGAAGGAUAUCUGAAGAUUGGUGCCACCACCCAGCAAGCCCAGAGACUGAAAGGGGAGGAAGUGACUUUCUGGACCCAGCCCUUAGCCAAGAAGCAACCCCAGCAAAAGCACAAUGAGCUGUGAAUGCAAGGCUCUGCCAGACUCCUGCCAGAGAGGCCAAGAUAUGGUUCUUCCACUAAAGGUGUAUAUAAAUCAAAGAUGGAUCUUGAAGGAUCCUGAAGAACUUUGUCAUAGAUACAGGCAGGGCCCAGGGAAGGGAAAUGUUUGUACUUAUGGCCUCAAUUUAAAGAAUAAAUGUUCUUUUUAA